AUGCUUAGGCAUUGCAAUGAGUUUAAGGAGCAGGCAUUAAUCCUCAGAGCCCACAUAAGAACCAGUGGACAUGGGGGUCUGCCUGUGCUCUUAGGAUAUGGAGCAGGUACCCCUGCCGCUGCCGCCGCCGCCGCUGCCGCUGCCGCUGCCAAAGCAGCUGCCAAAGCAGGUUUGGUUCCUGGCGUUGGUGGGGUUCCUGGAGGAGUUGGUGUUGGUGGAGUUCCCGGAGGAAUUGGCCCUGGUGGUGUUACUGGUAUUGGAACUGGUCCUGGCACUGGCAUUGUACCUGGUGGUAUUGGAGGAGCAGGGACGCCGGCUGCCGCCAAAUCUGCCGCUAAGGCAGCCGCCAAAGCCCAGUACAGGGCUGCUGCUGGCCUUGGGGCCGGUGUCCCUGGAUUUGGGGCAGGUGCUGGUGUCCCUGGAUUUGGAGCAGGUGCUGGUGUUCCAGGAUUUGGUGCUGGUGCUGGUGUCCCUGGAUUUGGGGCUGGAGCAGUGCCUGGAUCCCUGGCUGCAUCGAAAGCUGCUAAAUAUGGUGCUGGUGGCCUUGGAGGCCUUGGAGGCCUUGGAGGGCCUGGUGGCCUUGGAGGGCCUGGAGGUCUCGGUGGAGCUGGUGUUCCAGGUGGAGUAGUAGGCGCUGCACCUGCUGCUGCCGCUGCUGCCAAAGCUGCUGCUAAGGCUGCCCAGUAUGGCCUUGGUGGAGCUGGUGGACUGGGAGCCGGUGGACUGGGAGCCGGUGGACUAGGGGCCGGUGGAGCGAUCCCUGGUGCUACAGGCCUUGGAGGUGUGUCCCCAGCUGCAGCUGCUAAAGCAGCCAAAUAUGGUGCUGCUGGCCUUGGAGGUGUCCUAGGAGCCAGGCCGUUCCCGGGUGGAGGAGUGGCAGCAAGACCUGGCUUUGGACUUUCUCCUAUUUACCCAGGUGGUGGUGCUGGUGGCCUGGGAGUUGGCGGAAAACCCCCAAAGCCCUAUGGAGGAGCCCUUGGAGCCCUGGGAUACCAAGGUGGGGGCUGCUUCGGGAAAUCUUGUGGCCGGAAGAGAAAGUGAUCUUCUAGGGACCCCUGACUAGCGACCUCAUCAACGUUGGUGCUACUGCUUGGUGGAGAAUGUAAACCUUCUAUGACCACCCCCUACUCCAUCCCCCCUGACCCCCACCUGGGAGGGGACAACAGGCCAGUGGCCUCGGAAACCCACAGGACAAGGAAAUCAGACAAUAGUGGCCACGUACCCCUAACCAGAAACUUCCCCCCUACAUCAGAGGCCAGGGCGGGUGUCCCAUCUCUUCCCACCCAGGAGCUCCCCCACACAGUCUCCAUCUCCAAGGGAAAUUGGUGCUACAUGUUGGUGCUUCUUCGUGGGGGGAGGGAGGAGGGAAGGGCAUCCCAGGGGAAACCCCCCCUUCCCUGAAGCCCCUCUGUUAAGAUGGUGCACACCUUUGUUGGGCAGUCCCACCUCCCCCUGCCCACCAGGAGCCAACCCUGGCUGCAUUCUGUUUGGUACCCAAGUACCGGA